GUAACAUCCUUCGUUCAUUAUUAUAAUAACGGGACGUUCGCUUUCACGGUCACAUUGAUUCUCUUUGCGAUUUAUUUGUGACUCACUUUUCAGAAAUUCGAACUUCAAAAAUACCAAUAUCGCUUAUUGCCAAUGCCAAAAUAGGAAAAAAUGGCAAAGAACAAAAUGGCGGACUCGUGGUACGAAAAUCAGGUUUGGGUGUUUCAGCGGGAGUUGGACAAACAUGGCAGACAUGGCGCGCAGCUCCUGACGCUGCCCGAGGUGUGUGAAGUUCUGGAGGCUGGAGGUUUCAGGGGAUCAGAGCAGGACAUUCUGGAUGUGCUGGGAGACAUCGAGGUUGACAAAGAUGGACUUGUGUCACGUGACACCCUACUGGCGUCCAUCUGGAGGAUCCCGUCUAUCAUCAUGCAACAAAUGGCUCUGAGACGUGACUUCUGGGCGCUGGACAGCAACCACAAUGGCCGCAUAUCUCGGGAGGAGAUCAUGAACGCCACCAAACCUGCCUGCCCGGUGGACCUGGCCGCCGGAAGUAUCUCCGCCCUGCUGAUCGCCUGCGCCAGGGCCAACAAGAGAGAACUGGACUAUGAGGAGUUCCUUACAACGUUCGACAUCAAGGUGACGUCACAGGCGUUGGAGAGAGUGUUCCUGCAACUGGACGCGGAUGGGAGCGGGUAUCUGACCAGGGACGAGAUCUUCACAGCCAUGAGGAAGCACCGGGAACUACGCCUGAAGCUAGGCAGGCUGGUGGAGCUCCUGAUCGCUUGCUACCAGGACGACAUGGAGAGGGUUAACUACCGGGACUUUAUAAGGGCUUAUACCUACAGGAAGUAGUUUCUUGUACGGCAGAGAGAGGGCUAAAUACUGUGACGUUUUCGCGGCUUAUACCCAAAAUGAAGUAGUUUCUAGGACGACAGGGAGAGGUUAACCACAGGGGCGUUAUCAAGA